UAAAUGGAAUAUUUCGAUUUUCUGAACUUUCCUUUUUAAUGAAAUCAUAUUAUAUAUACAUUUAUUUUCGUUUUAAAAUUUACUUUUUAAACUUUAUAAAUAUCUCCUUUUUAUUAUAUAUGUUAUUUGGAAAAUUUUAAAAAGGAAACUAAAAAAAUGAGUAAUAGUAUUUAAAUGUAAUAUUUUAAAUUCAUUAAGGGUAUCAGUGUAAUCAACCAUUGUGAAAGUUAACGUGAGCGCGACACAUAAAAAACUGACUUCUCAAAUAAUAUUAUAGAGAUGGCACGUGCCUGUAACGAAAGGCGGGUAAUCAAUUUGGCUAUUCGAUGAACGUUCCUCUCUUUCGAUUCAUCGUCCUCAUUUCCCCCAUUUCAAUCUCUCUCUCUGUUCCUUUCUUUAUUUCUUCGAAGACUAUUAUCCCCCUUAGGUUCAUCUUCGACAACAGAGAAAUGACGACGAGUUUGGAUCGGUGGGAGAAGGAUCCUUUCUUUGCCGCUGCUGAAGAAGUUCAGGAAUCUGCUGACAGGAUGGAGUCAGCUUACAGGUCAUGGAUCAAGCGUGGCUCUUCGAAUGUAUGGGACUCUGAUCAGCUUCACAGGGGCCUUCACGCUGCUCUUGGAACCACCAAAUGGCAGUUAGAUGAAUUCCAACGAGCUGUUAAAUCUAGCUACGACAAUCGUGUAAGUGACGAAACUCGAGAUAGGCAUCGGGAGUUUACUUUCGUGAUGGAGACUCAAGUUGCGAAGAUCGAGAAGUCUCUCAAGGAAGCUGAUGAUGGCAAAGGAACUCCGAGAUGGGUGCGUCUGGACGAAGAUGAUCGUAACGAGCUUGCUCUCUUCUUGACUGGACCAUCUGAGUCUGAAAAGAAACAAGGUCAUAGAAGGGCGGCUAGUGCUGCUCCUGAGAUAGGUGCUUGGAACAUUGCGGUUUCCGAAGACGGUUUAUUACAGAAACCUUCUGGUGAGCCACCGGUUCGACCUCCAAGGAAAGUUCCAAGCGUCUCCGGGUUCUUGAAUUUUAUGGAGCCUGGCUCUAAAAACUGCGUUAGGAAGUGGAAGGCCUUGGAUCGUCAAGGAGACUCUGAUGCUGUGUUGUUAUUGCCUAUCCAAGCGAACCAGGUAAGAUCUCCAAACAAGAGUUGUAUGGAGUGUGAAGAGGAUUGUUAUGAGAAGCAGCUUCACGGUUGGUAUGGAGCUAUACAGAGGCAGCUUCAACGGUCACAGUAUCGAAUGAGAUAUAGUAAAACCGUUCAAGCUACGAUUUGGAUUCUUCUUUUACUUUUUCUUAUAGUGGUAGUCGCAACGCAUGCAAUGUAGAAGACAGGACGCUGGACAGUUCAUUCAUCUUCUGUGUACAUGCUUACUGUACAGUAGUAAAAUCACUGAGUUUGAUUCUCUUGUAACAUAGAAUACAACCAAUUCGAAUAAACAACAACAUUGUGAAAAUGGAUGUUUUGUAAAACAGAAAUGCAUUCUUGAUUUUCAUUAUUUGAAAUAUGAUUCUUAUUGAGAAAUAAGAAAGAUGUCAUAACAUUGUUUUCUUAAUACAAUGAGUUUUUCUCAGUGAUUUGGGAAGGAAAGUUCCGAGGCUGCUAAGAGUUGUUGGACAUGUUUUCAACUUUACCAUCCUUCUCUAGCUCGACGCCUUGAAAGGUAAGCCUAGAUGAUCGGUAGUGACUACCAAAGGCAGUUCCAAAACCCCACCCGAGGCCUAAACCCACUCCGCAACCUCCACC